AUGUCUGGCAUCCCACAAGUUACUGCGAAGGAAAACAACGGAGUGUCAUUUCCCUAUCCGAUGCUAAGCCCUCACAAUUACACUGUGUGGGCAAUAAAGACAGAGGCGAUCCUUGAUGCCCAGGGAGUCUGGGAGGCGGUGGAGCCGGUGGAAGGAGCCCAGGUGGAUGCAAAGAAGGAUAAAAAGGCACGUGCAUACAUCUUGCAGUGUGUCCCCAAAGACAUACUUCUCCAGAUCGCAACAAAGAAGACGGCGAAGGAAGUCUGGGACAGCCUCAAGACGAGGUACCUUGGAAGUGAUCGAGUGAAGAAGGCACGCGUACAAACGUUGAAGAGUGAGUUUGACAGCCUCCGGAUGAAGGAGACCGACACGAUUGAUGAGUUUGCUGGCAAACUCAGCGCUAUGAGCAGCAAGUUCUCCGCUCUUGGUGCCACGCUUGAAGAUUCAUCUUUGGUAAAGAAGUUACUCGAUUCUGUCCCUGAUAAGUUCUUCCCUAUUGUUGCCGGUAUUGAGCAGUUUCACGAUCUUGAGACGAUACAAUUUGAGGAGACUAUUGGGCGACUGAAGGCGUACGAGGAACGAACACUACGAUUACACAGCAACACCAACGGCACUGAAGAAGGGGAGCAACGUGGACACUUCGUCAGGAGGAAAGGGGCGUGGGUCCAGCAGCCCUAG